CGAAUGUGAGGAUCUGCACGUACUCCCUGAGAUCCAGCCCUUUACCACCAGAUGGCCAACAGUGCAUCGCCGGAACGCCACCGAUAGGAAGAGUCCGGUUCGUGCUCAUCUCUCUGCCUGGUCCCAGUGCGACCCAGUCCGAUCCCAGUGCCACCAGUCCGGCUUCAGCAGCUGAGGGAACCAGUCGUAUUCCUGCUAACUCCCCCCUGGAAGCUCCCGUCAAGGAUGGAGCUGUUAAGUUGGUGCAUACUGUUGCUGAGCUGCCUGCCGUUGCUCUCGGCCCACAACGACUUCUUCACCUCCAUAGGCCAGAUGACAGAUCUGUUGUACACAGAGAAAGACCUCGUCACCUCUCUAAAGGACUACAUCCUAGCAGAAGAGAACAAGCUUGAACAAGUGAAACGGUGGGCUGAUAAGUUGGAGUUGUUGACAGCCGCAGCCAUGCAGGACCCCGAGGAAUACCUGGGGCAUCCCGUGAACGCCUUCAAACUGAUGAAGAGACUGAACACAGAGUGGGGGGACCUGGAGAGCCUGGUUCUCAGCGACACCACUGAUGGAUUUAUUUCCAACCUCACCAUCCAGAGAAAGUACUUCCCCACAGAUGAGGACCAAACCGGGGCUGCUAAAGCUCUCCUCCGGUUACAAGACACAUACAGAUUGGACGCCAACACAAUCUCCACAGGAGACUUACCUGGAGUGACACACAAGAUCCGUAUGACAGUAGAGGACUGUUACGAGUUGGGGAAAAUCGCCUACUCCGAUGUCGAUUACUACCACACAGAGCUGUGGAUGGCCCAGGCCCUGAGGCAGCUGGAUGAGGGAGAAGAGUCCACUUUAGAUUCGGUGACGGUGCUCGACUACCUCAGCUAUUCAAUCUACCAGCAGGGGGAUAUAGAACGAGCCCUGGUGCUCACCAUGAGGCUGCUGGAACUGGACCCAGAGCAUCAGCGGGCCAACGGCAACCGGAAGUACUUUGAGUUCCAGUUGGAGAAGCAGAAAAAGGCUGAGGAGAGUGAAAGUAUAGUAAAGAAGGAGCGAGGCACAAGAGAAACUGGUGAAAAGAAGAAGCCCAGAAAGAACAUCACCAAUCAGCUGCUUCCUGAGAGGAAGAAGUAUGAGAUGCUUUGUCGUGGGGAGGGCAUAAGAAUGACCCCCCGAAGGCAGAGCCGACUGUUCUGUCGUUACUUUGACAACAAACACAAUCCCAAAUAUGUGCUGGCACCUGUCAAACAGCAAGAUGAGUGGGACCGCCCCUACAUUGUCCGCUACCUGGACAUAAUCUCAGACAAAGAAAUGAGUACGGUCAAGCAGCUGGCAAAGCCAAGACUGCGCAGGGCCACCAUCUCCAACCCCAUCACAGGAGUGCUGGAGACUGCUCCAUACCGGAUCAGCAAAAGGCGAGCCACGGUGCAUGACCCCCAAACUGGGAAACUCACUACAGCCAAUUACAGAGUCUCCAAGAGUGCAUGGCUCACCGGCUAUGAAGACCCCUUGAUUGACAAGAUCAACCAAAGAAUUGAAGAUCUCACAGGGCUGGAAAUGGACACUGCAGAAGAGUUGCAGGUCGCGAAUUAUGGCGUCGGAGGGCAAUACGAACCUCACUUUGACUUUGGAAGGAAAGACGAGCCAGAUGCUUUUAAAGAGCUCGGCACCGGGAACCGCAUCGCAACAUGGCUUUUCUAUAUGAGUGACGUCGCAGCAGGCGGAGCCACAGUUUUCCCAGAUGUUGGUGCAGCAGUUUGGCCCCUAAAGGGUACUGCCGUGUUCUGGUACAAUCUGUUUCCUAGCGGCGAGGGUGACUACAGCACCCGACAUGCAGCUUGCCCAGUGUUGGUGGGCAACAAGUGGGUAUCAAACAAAUGGAUCCACGAGCGAGGGCAGGAGUGGCGGCGACCUUGUAGCCUAAAUGAAACCGAUUGAUGAAAAAAAACAACUCCUCGCCCCCCAACCCCCACCACCAUUCUCCCCUUCCUUGUGACCAGAGGACACUGCCGCAGAUCACCGAUGACACAUGUGGAAACAUGGGACUCACUCCCCCUCGUCCAAACACUCCUGUUAUUCCCAGCUGUUCCGCUCCGAGCCCACAGAUUGUUUGGGUUAGAGUGCAGCCCCUGGACAGUGUUAGCAUUGCUGUGACAGACAUGUUCUCGAGGUUGUUGGAUGGUUUUGAGAAACACACGUGUCCUUUCUUCACUCCCGGGUUCUUUCUCUGCACUCUGUAUGAACUCUAGCUCUAUGGUGAGGUGGCGUCUGUCAGGACCAGCCUCUAUCUACCCCGCCAUUUUGAACUUUAAAGUGACAGUUCACAUUUUUUUAUGUACAGGCCAGACUGAUGCAUUAUACUCAUGCACAUGGAGCUGUGGUUUGUGAGAGAAUGAAAAGUUUCAAAAAAAACAAAUCCCACAUUUCAAUCAAAUCAAGUUGUAUUUGUAUGACCCAUAUUCACAAAUCACAGUUUGUCUCAUAGGGCUUAACAAGGUGUGACUUCCUCUGCCCUUAACCCUCAACAAGAGUAAGGAAAAACUAGAACUACAUCCGAUACCAUAUCAGUACCUGAAAUAUGUCAGUUUCUUUGUAUCCACCAGGAUCCAUGAAUUAUUCUCCGGGAAAUUAGUGAAUAUAUCAAAAAGACCCGAUCUCACAAUGUGAACGAAAUAGAAAACUCCUGGAUCUGUUCCUUGGUCCGGAAGCGUGCCAAGAUUUAAUGGAUUCUUUUUUUUGGCUCAUGGGAAUCCCUUCGGUAGUUUCUGCAUAAUCCUGCUGAGAUACAAACAAACCAACGGACCAUGACCUCCUUGGCAAACAAUGAAACAUGGUUGCUGUAAAUUAUUUCUCUGUAAAAUGACACGCUAAAUAAUUUACACAAACAAGUUCAUUCCUGGGGUUGAUCCAUGCGUAUACUUUUACAAAGAAACUGACAUUUAAGAGAUUCACUAAUUUUCCUUCUUAUUUUAAAUGUUUGUCGCAAACUCUUCUUUUCAAUAACUUGGCAAUAAAAGAUAAAGAAAGUUCUCUGUGGAAGGAAAGAAUGGACUCAGCACAUAAGUGGUCAGAGAAGGAGAAUCUCUGCCAAACAUCACAUCUGUUGUUUGUCUGCCUCAAAGCUUCAGUGUUUUUAACUGGUCUGAAUGGCCACACGUAUUGUUAGAUUGGUUGUACUUGAACAUACCAACAGUUACAUUCACCCAAUAUGCUGCGUUAAAUCAAGUGUUUUAGUUUUCAAUUUUAAAUUGUGACGUUUGCUCCAGUGUUUUGUACGAGCCUGAAAAACCACAGAACACGCACAUGAGGAGACGGUGGAGCGGACUGGAUUACACCACAUUGUGCCAUAACAAGUUUAAACCCUUGUUUUUCUUUAUAGCGCAACUGAUUCUGAUCUCGGCUUGUAACAGUGUCAGUAACCAACGCUUUUUUUUUAGAGUGUGAGAAUAUAAUGGUUUUUCAAGGAAGAAGCAUUUUAUUUAUAUGUCCCAUGUUGUUUUUUGGUUUUGUUUGAAAUGAAAGUCAGAUUUUCUUUUUUCUACAUUAAAGACUGUUCUAUUGA